AUGACAGAGCCAGAAGGUAGUGCAGCAGGAUCGAGCUGGCUCCCAUGUCGGUCUCAGUCCCAACAACACCAACAACGACAACAAAAGGGUUUUGUUUCUUUGGCUUCAAAUGACAGGAAGGAAUCAGAAUUCAGAACUGGAAAGGCACUCAUCAUCAUGGUUGAGUCAGUAAGGUCAAAUAUGAGAGUUCCUAACUUCCUUUCAGUGUGCUGGUUUGGUUGCCCGGUUGGUGAAGUGGUCAUGUGUGCAGGCCUGCAGGGCAUUCAUGCCUGGAUAGUUGUCAUCGGACAUCAUGCACUCAUGCAUGUAGGUGUGUCACUGUCAGGCUGUCAGCAACCACAGUCACACAUGUCUUCCUGUUUAGAAGCUGGUACAGUCUACAGUUCGUCAGUAGAGACGGGGUUGCCGGAGCUGAAGAAGAAGCAGCAGCUGGUGCACAGUACGCGAGUGGAAGAUCGUCACGGGCACCAGCACCAGCAGCACCAAGACGGCAGCAAGGUCUGGGUCCUGGGCCUAUCCGGCGCCGGGAUCGCCGCCCUGCCGCUGCAGCAGCUCAAGCCCGUCAAGACCGGCCGCCGACGGCACGCCGCCACCGCCGCCACCGAGGAGGAGGGAGAGGAAGAGCCCGUGACGCCGAGAGGGGAAGGGUGGAGGAUACCAACGGAGGCGGCGACGUGCCCACCCGCGCCCAAGAAGCCCAGGACGGCGGUGUCCAUCAUCAGAGGCACUGCCGCCGCCGCCGGUCGCCGGUGCAACUACAACGGCGGCGAGGUGCUCGACGAGUUCUUCCGUGUGCCGGCGGAUUUGGAGGCCGUCUUCGUCGCCCGCGCAGCCAAGGCGAACUAG